AUGGAGACUAGAAUUAGAGAAAUCAAUAUUUCUAAGUGGGAUACUGCUCUAUCUGAUGAGUGGAAUUAUGAGGCUAACUAUAAUUUCAUUGAUGAAGUUGGGGGUGAUUUCAACAUUAUAGCUGAGGUUAAUGAGAGUUUUUAUUGUGAUUUGGGGUCAUAUUCUUCAUCUGACAUGGAUGAUUUACAGGAUUGGAUACUAGAUUUUCCAGUCUCUUUUGCUGAGUAUAAGGCUCCUGGAGUAUCUGAUCACUGUUUGGGGAUUAUUUGGACUCAAAAAGAGGCUAGGAUUCAUAAACCGAAGCCCUUUAAGUUUUUCAAUUGCUGGACUACAAGUGAGAAUUUUUUGAGCAGUGUUAAAGCUUCCUGGUUACAGCACUGUGAUAGUAAUGCUAUGCAGGUGAUGUUUUGCAAAUUAAAGAGAUUGAAGCCUAUUUUGAAGGAUUUGAAUAGGACUCAAUUUUCUGAUAUUUCAUCAAGAGUAGCUGCUAAAAGAGCUGAACUGGAACAUAUUCAACUUGCUAACCUUGAUGCUACUAAUCAGGCUGGGAUUGAGGAGGAGGAGAAAUUACAAGUUGUUUUAGUUGACUUGGAAAUGGCUGAACUGGAUUUCUAUAGACAAAGAGCUAAGGUGCACUGGCUGCAGGAAGAUGACUUAAGCAAAAAGUUUUUUUACCAAAAAAGUUGA